GAACAAAUUUCUCGAAUAUACAGUAAUAUUUGGAUCUUGAACAAACAUCUUAGUUGAAUACUUUCUACAUCGAAUACUGUCUUUCCCAAAAUGGCUCCUUCAUUAGAAGUCGGCCUUGAACAAGCUCCCACUCCUCCCCCCACUAAAGUUACAUCCACCACCAAGCCGGCGCUUUCUUAUACACCGGGUCGCACCAUAGUCGAGAAACACGAAACCUAUGAGUAUGAAGAUCUCCGGCCUUCUUUUCCAGAUAAGAAAUGGCCAGCGUUACAGGAACUCCCAUACACAGACAAAGGACUUUUGGGCUCCGAUACUUUUAAAGACCUCUUGGCAACCGCCACUGAUGUAUUUGACUACGUUCCUAAAAUCGGCACCGAAAUCCACGGUGUCGAUCUAGCCAACCUCACCGAUGCGGCGAAAAAUGACCUUGCUCGACUUAUUUCCAUCCGUGGGGUCGUAUUUUUCCGCAAUCAAAAGAACUUUGACAUCGAAGCACAACGCAAAUUAGGUUCUUAUUUCGGAACACUGCAUAAGCAUGCAACCACUUCCGUACCUAAACGCGGAGACUUAGACGAUGUCCAUGUCGUAUACACGGACGAGAAAUCCAAAGACCAAAGAGCACUCUUCACGCCUACAUUUCUCUGGCAUUCAGACGUAACAUACGAAAUUCAACCACCCUCCUACACUUCACUUAAAGUUCUCACCGGGCCACCUCGCGGUGGCGGCGGCGACACUUUAUGGUCUUCCCAAUACGCAGCCUAUGAUGCGCUAUCCGCGCCCAUGCAAAAGUAUCUCGAAUCCCUCACCGCGCUGCACACCUCUCAUCUGCAAGCCGAAGGCUCGCGCGCGCUAGGCCGACCCGUUCGACGCGAUCCCAUCAUCACCGAACACCCACUCAUCCGAUCGCAUCCAGUCACAGGCUGGAAAUCUCUUUUCUUCAACCCCGGCUUCGUGACCAAGAUCGUCGGAAUCCCCAAGGUUGAAAGCGAUGUGAUUCUCGCGUAUCUGAAUGAAGUUGUGGCGACGACGCAGGAAUUGCAUGUUAGGUUCCAAUGGGGAAAGGAUGAUGUGGCGUUUUGGGAUAACAGAAUUUCGAAUCAUACUGCUUCGUAUGGGUUUGCUCCGCAUAGGAGACAUGCGGUCAGAGUGUGUUGUCAUGGGGAGAAACCCGUUUUAGAGAAAGAUGCAAGGAGUCAGGAAGAGGAGUUGGGGGAGAAGUAUGGAUUGCCGGUUGUGAAUAAGGAUGGGAGUGGCCAGAGCAAUUAUAAUGAUUAGGGAUUGACGGCUGGGGAACAUGUAUAUAGAUAUUUGUAUUCGAUACGGAGUUUUGGGAAACGGGUUAGGAAUGGGGAGUUGAGGAUCAGAAGGGGUUUUCUUGCUAAGUUCUAUAGCGUGGAGCGGUAUAUGCAUGGCAGCUGUCUAGAUUUCUAGAGCUGGAAGCAAAGUUGUUUGAUAGCGGAUUAUAGUUCAUUAGUUCACGUGAAUCAUGACACACAAGAAUAAACA